CCAAGGUCCCUUCCAACUUGAUGAUGAUGAUGAAGAUGAUGAAGAUGAAGAUGAUGAUGUUGAGGACUACCUGUAAUUGAAAAAACACAAGCCGGCUUGCGGUCAUCCAAAACACACGUGGCUGUUUCACUGGAAUCUCACCUCUCGCCAUUUGCACGCCCAGCCAACAACCAAAUAGGUGAGAAACAAAACAAUGUCGGUUUAAAACGUACACAAGCCGAAAAAAAGAGCCGUUAGUGAAAGACAGAGAAGCUUUUUGACGCCGCAGGUUUAAAAAUCCCCUUUCGGCCGGGAGGGGGAGCUAGAAAACGCGGCAGCAAAUCGACAGAGCCGCAACAUCCUAGAAGGGCUCCGCCCAAAGACCACAGAGUUGACGAAGGAAUCGGGGAGGGGCAAACCAGUCCCGAACGCUAGACUUCCGGCCUGGCUCUUCAAGCGGGGCAUUUCUCUCCCCCCCCCUCCAAUCGUGGGUGUGUGUGUGAAGCCCGUCCGGCUCCCUCGUGCUCCGGAGCAGGGAAGCGGCGGCGGUGCAAAAGGGGCCACUUUAGCUGACUGUGUUCAGCAGGUCAGCAGUUCAAAUCUCACCGGCUCAAGGUUGAAUCAGCCUUCCAUCCUUCUGAGAGUCUCGACUGUGUUUGCGUUCAUAGGCACGAUGAUGCCUGGACAAGACCAGUAUCCUGGAGGAGAGAGCCAGCCCCCCCUAACACCAGUGCUAUUCUCCAGAAGCAUAGCUACUCAACAGGAGGUGAAGGUGGAAAAUCAAGAAGAUUUGGGCCAACUCUGGGAGAGUCAGUGGCAGGAGUUCCUCACUAACGUGGAAGUCCCCCAGAUCCUUCCAGAGCCUUCCCCGUGGGAGGACGCUCACAUCUUCCUAGCCUCCUUCGAACAAGUCGCCAGAGCUUUCCAGUGGCCCAAGGAAGAAUGGGCAGCUCACCUCCGGCCCACCCUCAGAGGAGACGCCGAGCAAGCCUACAGCAGCCUGGCGCUGGGAGACAGAGAGGAUUAUGGGAAAAUGAAGGCAGCCAUCUUGCAGGCCGACGCGGUAAGCCGGGAGAAGCAGCGGCAGCGCUUCCGACGUUUCUGCUACCAAGAGGCCGAAGGGCCGAGGCAGGUGUACAAUCAGUUGCAGAGUCUUUGUCGUCAGUGGCUAAAAGUCGAGAGACACUCGAAGGAACAGAUUCUGGAGAUGCUGAUCCUGGAACAGUUCCUGGCCAUCCUUCCCCCGGAGAUGCAGAGCUGGGUCAAGAGACACAACGCAGAGAGCAGCGCUCAGGUCAUCUCCCUGGCCGAGGAUUUCUUGCUCACGCAGUGGGUGCCGGGGAUAAGAGAACAAGAGAUGGGAGAGGAACUCGGUCCUAGAUCUGAAAAUAUUCAGUCCCUGGAGAGAGGGCCGUCUGACGCCGGGCCGAAAAUACAAUUUGCCAGGGAGCUGAAGAUGGAAGAAGAUGCCGAUGCAGGUACCUGGAGGCUGCACGAGAAUGAAAAUCACCUGCAGGGAAGACCAAAGCAAGCAGAGCAACACGGGGUGGCCCCAGAGAGAGCUAAUAGCAUUGCUCCAGAACGUUGUGAUCCAGAAGAGGCCCUUGGAGGACAGCAGGGUGUCUAUCGCAUGGAGGAAAGACCUUUCAUCAUAAAUUACGAGCAGGCAGGUAGAAAAGCAGAAAUUAUUGUCUUCUGUUCAGACACGCAGAAGGAGAGAAGGAGAAAACAUUGCUUGGUGUGCGGGAAAAGUUUCUCACGAAACUCAGCCCUGACCCGGCACGAAAGGAUCCACACGGGGGAAAAAUCAUACAGAUGUUUCCAGUGUGACAAAAGUUUCUAUGAUAAGACAGCCCUGAAAAGACAUCAGAAAACCCACAGUACCGUGCGAGGAUACGCUCAGGGCUCUCACGCCCAGCCAGGUGAGAAUUUACCUCUCUCUUCCCCAGAGAACAUUGCACGGAACUUUUGCAGCGUGUGUGGGGAACACUUUGACAGUGCACUGGAUCUCAAUGUACAUAGAAGGAUUCACCAGGAGCAGAAUCCCAGUGGCAGUGGAAAGACAUCUGGGAAAAGCCAAAGUCCAGAGCUGAAGAAACACCCGACGGUCCUCCCUGUGCGGAAAACCUACAAGUGUCCGGAGUGUGAGAAAAGCUUCAUUUGGGGUUCAUCGUAUCACAGGCAUAAAAAGAUCCAUUUGAGGAACAAAUCGGUCCCAGUUUCGUAUGAAAAGAAAAGCUUCAAACAAGGGUCCCAUCUCAUGAAAUUUCAGCCUUUCCCCAUUGGAAAGAAACACUACAAAUGCCCCGAGUGUGAGAAGAGUUUCCCGGCGCUCAAAUCCUUGGAAAGACAUAAAAAGUUCCACCAGAGAGCGAAACUAAAAAGCGCUUUGCAAAAGACACCCACGACAGAAGAAAAAACCUGUUCGGAAUGCGGUAAGUUUUUUCAUCGGCUGUCCCACCUAAGAAGACACCAGCGGAUCCACACGGGCGAGAAACCCUACAAGUGCCCCAAAUGCGAGGAGAGUUUCAUGUGGCAGGGGUCUUUCGAAAGACAUCUGAAGGCUCACAAGAAGCAGAAGUCGGCAUCUCCGGCGCCAACAUUGCCUGUUUUGAAGGAGAAACCUAAUCAGUGUUCGGAGUGCGGGAAGACAUUCAGACAGCACUCGGAUCUCCUUCAACAUCAGCGGAUCCACACCGACGAGAAGCCUUAUAGAUGCACGGAAUGUGGGGAGUCCUUCACGUGGCCUUCAUCUCUCAACCUGCACCGGAAGAAAGUUCACAGGGGGAAGCGAUUGGUCCCCCUCCUCCAAAAAUUACCCCUGGGGCAAGGGAGAUCCUACAAAUGUUUCGAGUGCGGCAAAAGUUUUGACCGUUCCUCGAGCCUUAUAAACCACCGGCGCACCCACGCCGAACAAAAGCCGUACUCGUGCACCAGCUGUGAGAAAAGUUUCAUGUGGGCUCGCUCUCUUCUGAGACACCGAAAGAUCCACGAUGCCAGGAAACCAGGAGGCCCCUUGCCGAAACAAUCCACUCCGCAGGAGAAAUCCUGCGUUUGUUCCGAUUGUGGGAAGCGCUUUGUCUAUUCGUACCUCCUGAUGCGGCAUCGACGCAUCCACACCGGAGAGAAACCGUACAAAUGCACGAAGUGCGGCGAGAGCUUCAGGUGGGCUUCCUCAUUUAACCUGCACCAAAAGAAGGCCCACCAGGACACGAAGACCACUCCUCUCCUCCCAAGACAGUCGGACAGGCAGAAAAAACCUUACGGGUGUUUGGACUGUGGGAAAUACAGGAUAACUUCCCAUCUGUCAAGCCAUCAGAGUACUCACACUGGGGAAAAGAAGCACAAGUGCACCACUUGUGGGAAAAGCUUCUUCUGGCAAUCCUCGCUGGCGGAGCAUCGCAAGGAGUUACAUAAGACAAAGGCAAAGACAAAAGUCCCUGCUGAAGGGAAAACUUUCAAAUGCUCCAAGUGCGAAGAGAGCUUUGUGGGGUAUUCAGCUCUUCUGCGACAUAGAAAGAUCCACGAGAGAGAUAAACUCGGGCUCUUUUUCCAAACAGGACCCGUCACCCCAGAGAAAUCAUAUCCCUGCAAUGAAUGUGGGAAGAACUUCAAUUGGCCAUCCUGCCUCUUAAGACAUCAGCGCAUCCAUUCGACGGAGAGACCCUGCCGGUGCCCUGAUUGUGGAGAGAGUUUCAGGUGGGAUUCCGCUCUUAAGGCACACCACAAGAAGAUCCAUAAACCAAAGGAGCCGGCGGUGUCUUUCCUGUCCAAAGACGCCGCCGUCAAAGGGAAAAAUCACCCAUGCGCGGAGUGUGGAAAAACCUUCACCUCUUUGUCGUCUCUCCUAAGGCAUCGGAGUAUCCACGGGGGAGAAAAACUGGAGAAAUCCAGCCACUGCGGAGACAAUGUCCCGUGGAAUUCAGCCCUGCCAAAAAACCCAAAGGCCUGUAAGCAAGAGGAACCGGAUUCCCUGCCUCAAAAGCUACCCAGCCGAUGUGGAAGCACCUACCCUUGUCUCCAGUGUGGCAAAAAAUUCUCCAAGUUGAAGCUGCUGCAGAAACACAAACGCCUCCACGUCAAGGAGAAGCGUUACACCUGCACUGAAUGUGGGAAGCAUUUCACUCAGUCCGCCAGCUUGAAAAGACACUGGUUCACUCACCAAGAAGAAAAGUCAUUCCACUGCUCGCAUUGCGAAAAAAGCUUCGUUUACAAAGACAGUCUCACGAGGCACGAGAAGUCCCACGCCAGGUUGACAGAGUUCACCGUGCAAGUGCUGGACAAAGAAUUCCUCGCAACGUCGGAAUCGCCCCAAUUCGUAGCGCCGGAGCCCGGCGUGUGUGGCGGUCCCCUAGACCUCCAAGGGGAGAACCCCGUUCCCUCCUUGAAUGCUCCAGAAACUGUGGUGACAUGGUCUCAAAGCAGGCCAAACGAUACAGGAGUUGGCAUAGAGAAAUUGUGCAAGCCUGAGGAAAGAUCACCGACCCUGUCAGUUUUAGCAGAAGAAAACCUUCCGGAAUCUUCUCUUAACCGUUAGCGUAAUGAAAGCAGUGGUCCCAACAAAGCGAGCAGAAUAUCAGCAAACCCAAAUUGAGUUUUGCCUUGUCUGGGGCCAUGUUGGUUUGUGCUCCCUGGCUCCUUAACUAUACUUUAAAAAUUCUAGCGUGGAUGCCCACCCGACAUCUGGUUUUGUUAUUGAACACAAAGUCAUAUCAGCUGUAUAUUAGUAGAUGCAGAUAGUUGAGUUGAAUUGAGUUGGGUGGGGCAAGAGGGAACAGACUCAGGUUUUAAAAGAUUUUAAAAAAAGGAAAUACAUUUGUGCCAUGUCUUGUUUCGCAGAAGAUACUGCGGUGUUGAUUCUUGCUGUAAAACUCCUCAGAGAUGUAAUACAACGGUUGGGGAUUCUUUUGCAUUGUUUAACUUUUGUUGUCAUGAUCACAAUCUGUUGUUUGUUCAGGUUUAUGAAAGGGAACUACUAAUAAAUGCAACGUGCACAUUGAAAGAA